CCUUUUCGAGGUUAUGGCUACAAAGGGAAGAAUUUGCAAGGAUGUCUAAGCUAAGAUUCCUCUGCAUUGAUGGAGCAAGCUCCGAAGUCAUUCCAAAUCUUCCUUCUAGUUUAAGAUGGUUCAGUUGGAGGCAAAGCCAUCUGGAAAUUUUACCAACCAAUUUUUAUCACAAGAAAUUAGUUCAUAUGGACCUAUCAAAGAGUUGGAAUAUUAGACAAGCUUGGACAAAUAAGCCUCAAAAUGAAAAUCAGAGGUUCCAAAAGUUGAAAAUGUUCUAUCUCCAAAAUUGUUGGAAUCUAUCUGAAUCCCCCGACUUUUCAUGGUUUCCUUACUUAAAGACAUUGGAUCUUCAAUAUUGCAGAAAUUUGGGUGACUUACAUAAGUCCAUUGGUGAUCUAAAAUCUCUAGUUGACCUUUACUUGACUAUGACAAAUAUUAAAGAACUCCCAGAGAAUAUUUGCAGGCUAAGUUCUCUCAAACAUCUAAUUCUUGGUUUUGCUAUUCACUAAAAAAGUUGCCGGAGUCAAUUGGUGAUCUGAAAUCUCUGGUUGAGCUUGAUUUGCAAUCGACAGGAAUUGAAGAACUCCCAGAUAGUAUUUGCAGGCUGAGUUCUCUCAAAUGUCUAUCCAUUGGUAUGUGUUCAUCAGUGAAAAAGUUACC